GCCAUAGAUGCAACAAGAUUCAAGAAAAACAUGUGUUAGAUGAUAAUUGAUAAUAAUUGAAACUAUGGAUAAUAUUGUGGUGUAGUUUGCACUUUUUAAUUUUUAUCCUACUUACUACUUAUAUUAUCUUUAUCACUACACUACUACAGUACUUACCAUUGAUCAUUGUGGUAAGGUAUUAAUAUUGCACAAUACUAUAUAAUAGUUUAAAAUAUUAAUUCAACUAACAACGAAUAMUAUUCUUUUAAACUUAAAAUAAUGAGGAUAAACAAUGUUUUAACUAAAUCAUGUCUGAUUAACCAUCAGUUCCGCAGAUUUGCGGCCACAACUGAAAAACCAAAAGACAUAACAUCUAAUGUUAAAGGUCUGAGUUCCAAGGUUAUCAUUGCUAAUCCACCACCAGAGCGUGUAAAGAAAGCUGCAGAAAACGGUCCAUACAAGAAUCCACAAUAUUUUAGUUACCACAAAAAUUCAUAUUUUGAUGCUGAGAUUGAAAUGCACAAAUACAGAUUACCACAACCUUCGAGUUUAAAGUAGAAAAUGUAAGAUUUUAUUUAAAAUAAUAAUACCAUUUA